CCUUAACGGUCACGCCCUAUGUCCCAUGUGUCACCGAGUGUUGGUCACACAGGAAAGUAGUUCCGGUCAGUCGGGGCAAUAAAAGUCCGUCGCUGCAGCGGAACCAGCGGCGCAUUCAUUGGUCCAUGCAAAGUUCUCCCAGCUGGUCUUAUCCCGCUGACACCGAUCCAGUCAUGUUGAAGACAAAGGAUACAAGCUCUUCCAUCAUCCACACCCAGCAGCUCCAUGCUGCCAUGGCGGACACCUUCAUUGAGCACAUGUGUCUGUUGGACAUCGACUCUGAACCCGCCGUGUCUCGCAACACUGGCAUCAUCUGCACAAUCGGACCCGUCACCCGAUCUGUGGACAAGUCCAAGGAAAUGAUCAAGGCUGGGAUGAACAUUGCAAGAAUGAACUUCUCUCACGGCACACAUGAAUACCAUGCUGAGACCAUCAAGAAUGUCCGUGAGGCAACAGAAAGCUUCGGUCCAGGAUCUGUCGACUACAGACCAGUGGCCAUCGCCCUGGACACCAAAGGACCAGAAAUCAGGACCGGGCUGAUCAAGGGCAGUGGCACAGCUGAAGUUGAGCUGAAGAAGGGUCAAACCAUCAAGCUCACUUUCGACGACCAGUACAUGGAUAAAUGUGAUGAGAAAGUUCUGUGGCUCGACUACAAGAACAUAACCAAGGUUGUGCAGACUGGAUCCCACAUCUACGUGGAUGAUGGUCUGAUUUCUCUGAUGGUCAAAGAAAUCGGCAACGACUACCUGAUGUGUGAGAUUGAGAAUGGCGGUAUGCUGGGCAGCAAGAAGGGUGUCAACCUGCCCGGAGCUGCUGUUGAUCUCCCCGCUGUGUCUGAGAAGGACAUUCAGGACCUGCAGUUUGGCGUGGAGCAGGGUGUUGACAUGGUCUUUGCUUCCUUCAUCCGCAAGGCCGCCGACGUUCAGGCCGUCAGGAAAGUGCUGGGCGAGAAGGGCAAGGACAUCAAGAUCAUCAGCAAGCUGGAGAACCACGAGGGUGUGCGCAGAUUUGAUGAGAUCCUGGAGGCUAGUGAUGGCAUCAUGGUUGCUCGUGGAGACCUGGGCAUUGAAAUCCCAACAGAGAAGGUCUUCAUCGCCCAGAAGAUGAUGACUGGCAAGUGCAACAGGGUUGGCAAGCCAAUCGUCUGCGCCACACAGAUGCUGGAGAGCAUGACCAAGAAACCCCGCCCUACUCGCGCUGAGGCCAGCGAUGUCGCCAACGCCGUGCUGGAUGGCAACGACUGCAUCAUGCUGAGUGGUGAGACUGCCAAGGGAGACUACCCCCUUGAGGCCGUGCGCACACAGCACAUGAUUGCCCGUGAAGCUGAGGCAGCCAUGUUCCACAGGCAGAUGUUCGAGGAGCUGCGUCGCACCUCCCAUCUGACCCGUGACCCCACAGAGUCUGUCGCGAUCGGCGCCGUGGAGGCUUCCUUCAAGUGCUGCGCAAGUGCCAUCAUUGUGCUCACCAAGUCUGGCAGGUCUGCUCACAUGCUGUCAAGGUACAGGCCCCGGGCUCCCAUCAUUGCCGUGACCCGCUCUGGCCAGACGGCCCGCCAGGCUCACCUGUACCGUGGCAUCUACCCCGUGCUCUACACCAAGCCCGCCAACGACGUCUGGGCUGAGGACGUCGAUCUGCGCGUGAACUUUGCCCUGGAAGCUGGCAAACACCGCAAUUUCUUCAAGUCUGGCGACGUCGCCAUCGUUGUGACCGGCUGGCGCCCGGGCUCCGGUUACACCAACACAAUGAGAGUUGUGCUGGUGCCUUGAGCUUCGUCAAAGGACAUUAGUAACCAUUCCCCCUCCCCUCUUCUGUAAACUGCCACUUUUCUUGUCUGUUGGUCCUUGUAUGCAGCAGAAAGUCAAAACCAGCCCGCCCCUUUCGAAGGACUUUCGAUGGUGUCAUUACAGAUAGAAACUCCAUGAUUCCUGUCAUCCAUAUGUGUAGUUUAUUGUCUAAACCCUGCUGCUGAGACUGAACCCAAAAGCCCUUUAGUGGAAGCUCCCUUGUCACGUGUGUGCCGACUCUAUUUGCAUGUUGAACAAAGUGAAGAUGAGUGUUUCAGUGCACGUAACUUAACUCGGAGUACACUUGUUGUUAUUUCCCUAGUUUAUGGUUUGCUUAUUGUGCAGGCGUCGUGAACAGUUGCAGAUGUUGUAUUUUCAUGCAGAACUGACAGUUGGUACAACGUGUCAUUGUGAACCUGGCAUCCAUCCAUUAAAAGGAAUUUUUGGGUCAA